GUUUGGAGGCUAGGGGCGCUCUUCUCUGCCUUAUAAAAAAGCCAAAGGGCCCAAGAGCUGGGUAUCCAAGGCUGUUUCAUAGACAGUCUAGGUCCGCGGUCACACUUGUUGCAGAGGCCCUCCGCGCACCCCACUCGCCACCCCGGCUGGUGCACACUCAGCGCGCCCCUCUCCAAAAGGCUGCGCUGCGCUGUGCGCCGCAGGAGUCCCCAGCUGCUGUGGGCAUGCCGAACACAAUUGAGGGCCAGCUGCUGCUAGAAGGUCAACGAUCAUCCUCCGCUCCCCAGGGCUUCAGCGGAGAUGGGGCGCUACUCAGGCAAGACGUGCAGGUUAUUCUUCAUGCUGGUGCCUCACCACUGGUUCUUCUUCGUGGCCGAGCUGCUGUGUCUGGCUACCUGGGCAAUUCCAUCGCCCUGGUCUCCGACUCUUUCAAACAUGCUGUCCGAUCUGAUCUCGCUCUGCGUGGAUCAGCGCCGGAUUUAUCGCUCGCCGCCCCCACCCGAGGUGCCCGGGCCACUUACGGCUACAGGCGAGCCGAGGUGGUGGGGGCGUUGAGCAACGCGGUCUUCAUCACCGCCCUCUGCUUCACCAUUUUCGUGGAGGCCAUCCUGCGCCUGGCUCGGACCGGAGCGUAUAGAUGAUCCAAAGCUGGUGCUCAUCGUUGGGGCCCUGGGGCUGGCGGUCAACGUGGUGGGCUUGCUCAUCUUCCAGGAUUGUUCCUCCUGGUUCUUCUGCCGUGGCCGCCCGCCGGCGACGGUCUG